GGGAAUCUCUCUCUUGUUCUCCGCCGGCGCAAGGAAUCGACGUCCCUCACCUCCUCACCGGACUCACCAAUGAGGAAUCAAAGAACGUGGAGCUCAUGGAGUACCUCCUCGAGUGCGCGGAGUACGUCGGGAAGGGGAAAUUCGACCUCGCACUCCAGGUGCUCGACCUCUGCACCUGGUUAUCUUCCCAAACCGGAAACCCGAUCCAGCGAAUCGCCUACUACUUCUACAUCGCCCUCCGCCACCGAAUCGAGGUCCAGAAAACCCGCCGCGGCGGCGAGUUGGAACACGACAAUCAUCGGAAGCCGCUCGAAUCCGACAUGACGGUGACGCUCCGGACAAGAGAGCGAUGGAGUUCCCGGCCAGAGUCCCGUUCUACACCGCCUCCCAGCUCGCCGCCAUCCAGAUCUUGAUGGAGAACGUCGCCGGGGAGAAGCGAAUCCACGUGAUCGAGCUCCGGAUCUGCUCCGGCCUGUCGAUGAUUGCCCUGAUGCAGGCUGUAGCGAGUUCCCCCAGUUCGAUCGAAAUGUUGCGGAUCACCGCUUCGUAAUUGAUCUUCGAACUCAAAGACGGCGUGGGUUUCGCCGCCUUCUUCUCAUUUUCCUUCCGGGAAGCAGCAGGGGAAGGACCGGUCUUGGCCUUCUUACUGCCAUCGGCCGGCAGGUUUUCCAGGUCUCGCUUUCUAUUCGUCUAUUGUCAAUGCAUCAGGUUCCAAGCCUUCGCCUUCAGUUCCACUAGCCUCUUGUCGUUUAGGCAAUCAGAGAUCUCGUCGUCGUCGAUGUCGCUCAAGCCUUCUUCUUCUUUGGAUUAGGAUCCGGAUUCGAGAUCGGGAUCCAGAUACUUGGCCAUCGCCGACGAAUUGGAAGCGCCGCUCUCAGGGGUGAAUUCUGACGCGUAUAAAACCACCUUCAACUCUACCGUCAGAGGCAAUCACCGACCUUCCACUGUUGAUUACAUUAUACCAUCAGCCAAAGACCACACAAUCACUCUCCCUUCAUCGAUCUCACCUUCUCUCUCACCUCACCUCUCUCACAAAUUCUCUCCACCAUUGUUAAGGUUUGAGAACCCAUUUUCUGUUGAACCCAUUUUCACAAAUUUAUAUUUUUUAUAUUUUUUUAAUAUUUAGAUAUGGGCUGGAAAUUUUUUUAAAAAUAAAUUUUAUUUAAUUAAUUAUUUUUUAAUUGUCACGUCACACAUUUAACGGUCAACUUUUAAAAUUGACUGCCACAUAAGCAAAAGUUAACGGAGUUGGACGGAGAGUGACCAAACGUGAACGGUUUCAGUAAACUGAAGUAUCACCAAUGGAUUUAAAUAUUUCGAGUGACCAAACUUGAACGUUUUUUGUAAUCUCAGUGACCAACCAUGCAAUUAACCCUAAAAUAUUCUAUCACUUACUUUUCUGGACCAAGGUAUAAUUUUACAAUACUCGUAAAAAUACUUGAUGAGGCCGAGCCCCAAAAAAUAGUAAUUUUUAGGGAUGGCAAUUUCGACCUGACCCGUUUUACCCGACCUAUUUGACCUGUUUUGGGGCGGGGCGUGCAUGGGUACCUCUCAUCUACCCGACCUUCCCUGACCCGCCCCAUUCUCGACCAGUUCUUGCCUUAAUUACAUGUAAUCUUAGUCAAAUUACUUAGAAUUUUCCUCAUAUUACCUCAUUAUUUAGCUAUAAUAAAGUUGUAAAUAAAUGAAAACCUCAAUUUCUCCAAUACUUUAUAACUACAAUAUAUCAUAAUAUGGUUUAUUUCUUAGUCUUUUAAUGAAAAUAAUGAAUAUUAAAUGUUUUC